AAUUUAUUUUUCCGAGGUUAUUCCCCCAUAACCGAAUGGUGUCUGGCGUCGCACAAACGCAAGCCACGUGUCCAACACGUUAGCUGUUUGAGAAUAGAAUACUGCUUUUACUUCAGUUCUACGAGCAAAGAACCCAAAAACCAGACAACCGCCGCCAGCUUCUUACCGGUGCCCAAGAUAUGCUAAAGUGAUAUAUAUACAUCUUAAAAAUUGCUAUCAAUCAUGGAGUUUGGCUCAUACGAAAAUACCCAAGAUAAGGGCAGCAGCAGCUCAAAGAAAGACACUCCUGCCCCUGGAGAUACUGUCGGAGAAGUAAAUGCCGAAGCUCGUAUAACUGCCGAUGAAGUCAUUUUGGCUGGUGGAUUUGGAGCCACCGAUGACAUCAGCACUAUCCUACCUAUUGCACGCGAUCGCACCGAUUUCGAGGACCAUCUCCGCAAGGUUGAGGGCUACGAAGAUUCUGCUGAAAGACUGUCCGAUCCUCCGAAAAACAUUAACAACAAUGGUAAAGAUGCCGCGUGCGAAGCGGUAAAUAUGGAAGCUUCCGUAACUUCCGAUGAAGUGACACGGGCUGGAGGGUUUGGAGCGAGAGAUGAUAUAAGUAGUUUCCUUCCAAUUGCGAGCGAUUUCACUGAUUUCGAGGCCAAUAUACGUGACGCACGAGGCUAUGAGGAUUUGAACGAAGAAAUCAAAAGACCGGGUCUUGGCUGGAGUAGUGAAACUAAUAAGUGAAUCGAGUGAUGUAUCUGAUGUUUUAAGUAAUUUUCGGACUUCAAAUAGUAAGAUUUUUUUAGAGCACUAAAGCGCGUUUUUUUUUAUAGUAAUUCUAAUUGUAAAAUUCGCCCGAGGGAAGUACAAAACAUUCUAGAAGUAUUUACACUUAAAAGUGGCGUUUGCCUAUCUUCUUAGAGCUCUUAUAUAUAUAUAUAUUAAGCGAUAA